CAUUUAACCCAUUCUUUUUCUUUCCCACUCAAAGAAUUAAAUUUGAUAACCGUGGAUACCAAAUCUGGAGACAUGGCCAAUUUCUCCUCUUCACAAAGCCCUACAGCUACUUUUGGGAACUGCACCGAUGAAAGUGCCUCAUUUCAAAACAUCUACACGUCCCUCAUUUAUAGCAUUCUCUUUCUGGUGUGUUUUCCCGGGAACAUUAUUGUCAUUUCCACAUAUAUCUUCAAGAUGAGACCUUGGAAAAGCAGCACAAUCAUCAUGUUAAAUCUGGCUCUUACGGACCUGCUGUACGUGUCCUGCCUUCCCUUUCUGAUCCAUUACUCCAUCAAUGGGGACAACUGGGUCUUUGGAAGGUUCAUGUGCAAGUUCGUCCAAUACAACUUCUACUUCAACACCUACAGCAGCAUCUUGUUCCUCACCUGCUUCAGCCUCUUCCGCUGCUGUGUUGUGGUCUACCCGAUGCGAUGCUUCUCCAUUCAGAAGCAGCGCUGGGCCAUUGUGGCCUGCACUGCAAUCUGGGUUGCUUCGCUCCUGGCCAUCAGCCCCAUGAUCUACCUGGUCACCACGAAGCAAAGCUCUACGAGAUGGAUUUGCAUGGACUUUACUGAUACCGAAGACCUGAAGUUGGCAAGGUGGUUCAACUGGCUCCUCACGAUCUUUGCGUUCCUCUUGCCUUUGGGAACGGUGACUCUUUGCUACGCCAUGAUUAUCUACACGUUGGCAAGGGGUCCUCACACUGGUACUGCUUACAAGCAGAAGGCUCGCAACCUGGCAAUUGUCCUCCUGGCUGUCUUUUACGUGUGUUUCUUGCCAUUUCACAUCCUCAGAAGUGUUCGUCUGGAGCUAAAGCUACACCCCGUGAACUGUGAAGUAAUGCAGCAGGUCCUGAAUAUUUUCACAGUGACUAAAAAUUUAGCGUCACUAAAUCCCAUUGGCAACUUAAUCCUUUAUGUUGUGCUUGGAGAUAACUUCCAGCAGGCCAUGCUUUCCAUUUGUAAACAGAUUCUAAAAACAAAUAAGAAAUAG